GUGACCAAUGGGAUGAAGUCAGGGAAUUUAAAAACGAGUCGCGGUCGCUACGGCACAGGUUUUUUUUUUCUUCUUCUUCAAUACCAAAACAAGUUUGUGAUCUGGGAGCAGCUAGCGACGGCUAUCACAGAGGAAUGAGAUGGCCAACAUAAUCUUUGCAGAACGUGAAAAUGCAGGUCUCCAUGCACCUACACUGAAGAUGAGGCAGCGGCUUCAGUCUGCUCCAGAGAAACUUGUGAAAUCUCCUAUGAAAAGCUUCAGUACCCCUCUGCCAUCUGGCCGUAAGGCUUUUGGCUGCCUUAAUGUAAAGGUCUCUACCCCUGCCAUCAGUAAACAAGAGAAGAAACUCCUGAAACAGCCGGCCAUUUCCCAUGAGGAAACCAAAGUCAAAAAUGCACCUCAGGCCAACAUGGAGUAUCAAGAAACUGAGAAAUUCUUCUCUUAUGAUCCACUAGAGUAUUUGAGGUAUGAUGUACCUGAAGACUUGAUACCUCUGAGUAAACUUGCCUUACCUGGACUGGCCUGUUUCACACAAACACCUGAUCUGUGUGAGAAUGAAUUUGAAGACCUGACUCCUCUCCCAAACCCACCACCUGUAACGUCAAAGCAUUCAGAUUGCCGUGCAGAGCUGGAUGCCUUUCUACAGACUCUCGAGGAGCUGACCGUGGAGCUUCCUCCAGAACCUGAUGCUGAUUAUUAAUGCUUUUUGUGGGUUUUUGUCUUUUGCUUUGCUUUUAAUUGAAAUAAAGUUGUUAUCCAUG